AUAGGAAUUCAUUUGAUUUUAGUUUUUAAUAUCUGUUUUAAUAUAUUUUUUUAUGAGUUUUGGUUUAAUAUAAUUUUUAAUACAAUUCUUGGUCAUAAUGUUUAAUUUGUACGCGUCUUGGGAUAGCUAUGAGGCCGACGAAGACGUUGCCUGUGAUGUCGAUCGUUCAAUUUCUUUGGCAUCCUUUCGUCGUAAUGUCGACACCAAUGGCUCUAUUCGUCGCAUACCUGAACCCAUCAUUUCGGACGCCAUCCAAGAAAUUGAAGAAAUAAAAGAUUGCGAUUUGGAGGCUAACUGUGAGAAACAAGAGCCGGUCGUUGCGGCCGUUGAAAUCGUCAACGCUUUCUAUAGUUAUGGCAAAAAGAAGAAAGUUGUGAACGCUUUGCAAGGCAUCAGUUUGACAGUUCCCGAGGGCUCUAUUUACGGACUCCUGGGUCCGAGUGGUUGUGGAAAGACAUCAUUACUUCGUUGUAUUGUCGGUCGUCUUCACCCAAAAGAAGGUGCGAUUAGAGUAUUUGGCAAAAAGCCGGGUGAGGCCGGCAGUCGAGUUCCCGGCGCUUCAAUUGGUUAUAUGCCUCAAGAAUUGGCUCUCUUUCCGGACUUUACUCUCGAGGAAACGCUCAACUAUUUCGGUCGUCUCUAUCACAUGAAAGAGCGUAUAAUAGCCGAGAGAACCGAUUUUCUGCUAAAGUUCUUGGAUCUGCCGGAAAAGGGACGUCUUGUCGGGAAUCUAAGCGGAGGUCAGAAACGGAGAGUAUCUCUGGCCGCAGCACUUGUCCACAAUCCGCCACUUCUUAUACUCGACGAGCCGACUGUUGGUGUCGACCCAUUGCUAAGACAAUGUAUUUGGGAUUAUUUGGUAACUCUUAGCAAAGAAGAAAGUCUUACUGUAAUCAUAACGACCCACUAUAUAGAAGAGGCCAGAGCUGCCAAUUUAGUGAGUCUCAUGAGGUUUGGUCGCAUCCUUACGGAGCAAACUCCAGAGUAUUUGCUCAAACGAUACGGCUUUCCGACUCUCGAAGAAGUGUUCCUAAAAGUUUGUUCGCUCGACGCUCAGGGGAUAGAUGUGAACAGUUUGCACAAAGAAGUGAUUCGUUCCAACUCUUUGGAUAAUACGCCCGAUAUUUGCUUUGAUGUCAAUAAAUCGGAGUCAAAAGAUGUUGAUAUUAAUGCUAGCAUUAGUAGCGCCAGCAGUAGUAGUGGUGUCGGAGAGUCUGUCCAUAAUCUGAAGAAUAUUAAAGGAUCGAAUGAUUCGAUGGAAAUGGUAGCGAAUGCCUGCCAAAAGUCAAAGAAAACCAACAAAAGUGUUAAUAAAUUCAAACACUCGACCAAUCCAUUGAUGGAUAGCGCGGCCCGAACUUCGGCACUAUUCUGGAAGAAUAUAACCCGAUUGCGAAGAAAUAUGGCGGUCCUUCUCUUUCAAUUCCUGUUGCCAUCGAUUGAAGUGAUCCUCUUCUGCACGUGCAUCGGUCAGCACCCCUUUGAUAUACCGGUCGCCGUCUAUAACGAGGAACCUAUGGGUCAAUUCAGUCAACAGUUCUUAAACCAUAUCGACAACAAUACUAUUAUUCAAAUGCCAUUUCCAUCGUAUGAUACGGCCAUCGAAGCGGUCAAGAAUGGGGACGCCUGGGCAGCACUCGUUAUCGGACGCAACUUUACUAACGCUUUGCAAUUAAGAGUUAUGAUGGCUGGAGAGGUGGACAACGCGACGCUCGACAUGAGUUCCAUUCAUUUAUAUCCAGAUAUGACAAAUCAAAUGAUUUCUCUCAAGUUAUACGAAACGAUCACUUUGUCAUUCAUAAGCUUUGGAAAAGAUAUGCUCUCAACUCUGGGCCAGAGCUCAUCUCUUGUUGAGUUACCGGUUGUGAUGGAAAAACCAAUCUAUGGCGACAGAGCGCCCACUUUUACAGAAUUCAUGGCUCCCGGAGUGGUCUUAAGCAUUGCAUUCUUAGCGGCCGUCGCGUUGACUGCUUUGGCAUUUGUUAUGGAACGAAAAGAAGGACUUUUGGAGCGGAGUUUGGUCGCAGGCGUUAGUUCCACGGAAUUUAUGCUCUCGCAUGUGUUGACGCAACUGCUGGUGCUGUCAGUACAGGUGGCUUUGCUCUUAAUCUUCACAUUUUUGGUCUUUGAAAUCCCAUUUCGGGGUCAGUUUAUAUGGGUUAUUGUCCUCACAUUACUUCAAGGCUCGUGUGGAAUGGCUUUCGGAUUAAUGAUAUCCGCAAUCUGUGAAGAAGAGAACUCAGCAACGAUGUUGGCUUUGGGCUCUUUCUAUCCCAAUCUACUCCUUAGCGGAACCGUUUGGCCGACACAAUCGAUGCCGACAUUUAUUAGAUACUUUAGUUAUAUAUUACCGCAAACUAUUCCCAUCGAAGCGAUGCGUUAUAUACUGUCCCGUGGAUGGGACCUAUCCUAUGGCAUUGUGGCCCUCGGUUUUGGUGUAACCAUAAUAUGGAUUAUAUUUUUCUUAACGGCCGCAGUUAUCAUCUUUAAGUAUAGGAACGUGUUGCAGAUCAUGUUUCCUGCGGCUCCCAUACGGCACAAUCACAUCGACUUUGUUGGCGGCUUUUGGGCUCAUAAUGAGUAUAAUAUCAAUACUUCACUCGACAAGUUAAGUGAUUUGAAGGUGUGGUAUGUGGUGCUAACUAUCUUCGUAUCGGUGAUAAUCGUGAUCAACCUAUUCAUCGGGUUUGCGACCACUGGAACCGCUGGCACUAAGAAAGGAAAGCCGUGCCGGACGUGCGGCUGCACCCGAGCGUCGACCACUUCCUGUCUAAUUAAGACAGUCUUUGUUGUCAAUUAUAUUCUCUUCUAUUUUCUGGUUUUGUUAGCAAUAAUUGUUUUGUUAACUCUAUUCGUAUGCUAUGUAUUGAGCGAUCUCUGCAACGAAGGCAUUGAUCUAAUAGUAGAGCCGUUGAAUGUUAACAAUCCCUUUCCCAAUGACAUCAGAGCCGGACAGUCGUCUCAAUAUUUGGAUUUAAGGCAAUUCUCUCCACUCCUCUCUUUGCGAGCAAAUGAGACACAAUUUCUAUACUUUAAAGACAAUCGGCUGAAGAAGUUGUGCGAUGACUACGUGUCCGCACUUUACUUUCAUAUCAUACUCUGUUCAAUAGGAAUGGUCUCUCUUUGCGCCGGUUUUCUAAACUUUUUGAUUAAUUUAAGUGUAAAUUGGGUUAGAAUUAGCGCUAAACAAAAAUAUGCAGAGAUUUUGUAUUUGAAUGGCGCAGAGAUGACGGCCUUCAAUGAGGGGAGCAGUCGAUACUAAUCAUCUUAAUUGGGUUACAUUUACACUCUUUUGGAUCACAUUUGUUUCAAACACAUCUAAUAUAAAACACAUUUAACUCGUGC